AUGGCGUGGCGUCGGAGCGCUCCGUGGCGCGUCGCUGAUGGCGAAGGGAAAGGCUCUUGGGUAUGGCAGCCUGAGGGUGCUGGCGGUCCUCAGUCGGGGCCCCGUGGCAAGAAGAAGGUCAAGUCUAAGGACAACUCUACUCUCGUCAUGGUCACCGCGCCUGCAGUCUGUGCGGUGGUCAAUACCUUGAUGGUGCUCGUCCUGGUCAUGGCGAUCAGGCUCAUCAUGGCGGUCCUGGAGUUGGAGCGCUGGGCCGUUCACUACCCUGCCCUUGCAGGGGUGGCUCGCGACGCCGCCCCGCCCGCGCCUCCCGAGAUCCGUCUGUUCACGGCUGGUGAGCUGGAUCAGAUGGCCGCGCUCGAGCAGACGCGGCUUGCUCGGGAAGUGGAGGCCGCUUCCAAAAACGAGAGGUUGGCUGCCCAGGAGGUGCAGUGGAGGUUGGACCGAUUCAACCGUGCGAAGGCUACGAUGGAGGAGAUGCAGAAUAAUCAUCUCGUGGCGGAGCAGAACCUCGAGGUGGCUCGCCGAGAGACGCGGGAGGCCGACUCCAAGAAGUUGGCUUUCAGUGUCGAGGAGUUCAAGCAGAGCAAGAUUGAGGAGCAGCGGCGCGAGGCUGCGCGCCAGGCUCAGGCGGCCGCGGACGCAGGCCGCCUCGACGCUGCAGGCGGGGCUCGCGCCCCCCCGCCUGGCGGCGGCGGCGGCCCCCAGCCAGCCGGCGGCCCUGGCGCUGCAGGCGGGGUUCGCGCCCCCCCGCCUGGCGCGGCCGAGGCUGGCGGCGCGGCCGCUGCUGAUGUCGUUAUGGAGGAUGGUGCAAACAAUAUCCCUUGGUUGCGUGGCCGUCUCGUCGACUUCGUGUAUGUUGAGUCUCACCUGUAUGAGUUCGACGAUCCCAUGCUCGAGCUACUUGUCCGCUACUCUGGCAUCCAGCUGGACAAGUGGCAACAGUAUCGACUCCACCUUCUGCGUAUGCGAGACGCGCAGCCCGAUGAUGUGUUUGAGUUGGGCAGUGAAGUUGGAGACGAACUUGAUCAAGUUGAACGCGACCAGUUCCGUGAGCUCAAGAAGAGAGCUGGCGAGGCUGGCUUGGACGCGGCCGCAGCCAAGGAGUACACCGAUCUGCUGCAGAAGAGGCUUAUGGCUAAGUCGGUCAAGCGUGCGCGUACUUCCCAGGCCGUCACCUGCGACAUGUACCGCACGUUCUGCACCGUCGCGGCCACCCAGAUGGACAAACAAG